AUAUACAUUGAUUAAAAUAUUUUGGACUAGUAGAGACAUUGGGUCACUUACUAUUAAUACAGAAAUUCAGACAAACACCUUCCAUCUUCUGGAUGCCUGAGUAUUUGCAACAAAAAAGCUUUAAUUUUAUUUCAAGCUCAAAAAAUACAUACUUUUAUCUGCUAUUAGUUGCAAGUGGUUAACCAGCUGAACCUACAGUGAACGACUAUGGCCCGGAUGAGUAUUGCUUUACGGGUUUGUCACUUGGUGCUGGGGCUGCUCAUACAUCCAUUGAGUACAUCAUCCAUACAGAAUAAUGAAUGUCCACAAUUGUGUGUCUGUGAGAUAAGACCUUGGUUUACUCCUCAGUCAACUUACAGAGAAGCUACAACCGUUGACUGCAACGAUCUUCGUUUAACAAAGAUUCCCAGUAACCUUUCCAGUGAUACUCAGGUUCUUCUCCUACAAAGUAACAACAUUGCCAAGACCACAGAUGAACUCCAGCAGCUUUUCAACUUAACUGAGUUGGAUUUUUCACAGAACAAUUUCACUAGUAUAAAAGACGUGGGGCUAUCCAACCUUUCUCAACUGACUACUUUGCACCUGGAAGAGAAUCAGAUCACAGAGAUGACAGAUUAUUGCUUGCAGGAUCUGUGCAAUCUUCAGGAACUCUAUAUAAAUCACAAUCAAAUCAGUACCAUUUCUGCAAAUGCAUUUUCAGGCCUGAAGAAUCUUUUAAGACUCCACCUUAAUUCCAACAAAUUAAAGGUUAUUGACAGCCAUUGGUUUGAUUCUACACCCAACUUGGAAAUUCUAAUGAUUGGGGAAAAUCCUGUAAUUGGAAUAUUAGAUAUGAAUUUCAAGUCGCUCUCAAAUUUAAGAAGUCUGGUUCUGGCUGGCAUGUACCUGACUGACAUUCCUGGAAAUGCUCUAGUAGGAUUGGAUAGUCUUGAAAGUCUCUCAUUUUAUGACAACAGAUUGGCUAAAGUUCCACAACUCGCACUUGAGAAAGUUCCAAAUUUAAAAUUUUUGGACCUUAACAAAAACCCAAUCCAUAAGAUCCAAGAAGGAGACUUCAAAAACAUGCUUCGGUUGAAAGAACUGGGAAUCAACAACAUGGGCGAGCUGGUCUCUGUUGACAGGUAUGCACUAGACAAUCUUCCUGAGCUUACCAAACUUGAAGCAACCAACAACCCAAAGUUAUCCUAUAUACAUCGUUUAGCAUUUCGGAAUGUUCCUGCUCUGGAAAGCCUGAUGCUUAACAAUAAUGCCUUGAAUGCAGUCUACCAAAAAACCGUGGAAUCCCUUCCAAACUUGCGUGAGAUUAGCAUUCACAGUAAUCCCCUCAGGUGUGACUGUGUCAUCCACUGGAUAAACUCAAACAAAACCAACAUCCGUUUCAUGGAGCCUCUGUCCAUGUUCUGUGCUAUGCCACCAGAAUACCGGGGACAGCAAGUCAAGGAGGUCAUAAUACAGGAUUCCAGUGAGCAAUGUCUUCCUAUGAUUUCUCAUGACACUUUCCCAAAUCAUUUGAAUUUGGAUAUUGGCAUGACUGUCUUUUUAGACUGUCGGGCUAUGGCAGAGCCAGAACCUGAAAUUUAUUGGGUUACUCCACUUGGGAAUAAAAUAACUGCAGAAACUCUUUCAGACAAAUACAAGCUUAGUAGCGAAGGAACUCUGGAAAUAUCAAAUAUUCAGACUGAGGAUUCAGGAAGGUACACCUGUGUAGCCCAAAAUAUAGAAGGUGCAGACACAAGAGUAGCUACAAUCAGAGUGAAUGGAACACUUUUGGAUGGUACUCAAGUGCUGAAAAUAUAUGUCAAACAAGCAGAAUCUCAUUCAAUCCUAGUUUCUUGGAAGGUUAACUCUAACGUUAUGACCUCCAAUUUAAAAUGGUCAUCUGCUACAAUGAAGAUUGACAACCCCCACAUUACAUACACUGCGAGAGUCCCCGUUGAUGUGCAUGAAUACAACCUCACACACUUGCAACCCUCCACAGAUUAUGAGGUCUGCCUCACUGUGUCCAACAUCCAUCAGCAAACUCAGAAGUCCUGUGUUAAUGUUACAACAAAGAACGCGGCGUUCGCCCUGGACAUUACAGACCAAGAAACGAGUACGGCCUUGGCUGCAGUCAUGGGAUCCAUGUUUGCCGUUAUUAGUCUUGCCUCUGUUUCUGUCUAUGUUGCGAAAAGGUUCAAGAGGAAAAACUAUCACCAUUCACUGAAAAAGUAUAUGCAAAAGACCUCCUCUAUCCCCCUGAACGAACUCUAUCCGCCACUUAUUAACCUCUGGGAAGGUGACAGUGAAAAAGACAGAGAGGGUUCUGCAGAAACCAAGCCAACUCAAGUGGACACAUCCAGAAGCUAUUAUAUGUGGUAA